GAGUCUUAAUUAGAGAGGACGGCAGCGCCUGCGCCAGUUGUUCUGAUACCGCCGCGUCCGACGCACUAGAAUUGCGUACCGCACACGUACGCGAACCUUCCCGCAAUCAAACAAUCCCAUCAACUAUACAAGAUGAGCCGGCACAGCUACCUGGCUGCAGUCGCACUGCUAGCGGUUUUCUGCGUCGCAGAAGCACAGAGACGUUUGGCUCUUCCUGACCCUAGAAGUUGCGCUAAUAGAGUGCGUCAUUCAACAUACAGAGAUGCUCGCGGAGUCCUCCACUCCUACUUCUUCAGUUGGGAGCACGCGCCUACACGCAACUUGGAAGUCGACUGGUUAGACGCAAGGAACAUCUGCCGUCGCCACUGUAUGGACGCCGUGUCGCUGGAAACUCCUCAGGAAAAUGAAUUUGUGAAGCAAAGGAUCGCUCGUGGAAACGUGCGUUACAUUUGGACGUCUGGUCGUAAAUGUAACUUCGCCGGCUGUGACCGCCCAGACCUCCAGCCCCCUAAUGUGAACGGCUGGUUCUGGUCUGGCUCAGGAGCUAAAAUUGGACCAACCACUCAACGCAACACCGGGGACUGGUCCUACACCGGCGGCUACGGCCAGCAACAACCCGACAACCGCGAGGCUGCUCAAGGCAACGAUGAAUCUUGUUUAGCAAUCUUGAACAACUUCUACAAUGAUGGUAUCAAAUGGCACGAUGUGGCUUGCCACCACGUGAAACCUUUCGUGUGCGAAGACAGCGACGAACUCUUGAACUUCGUCCGGUCGCGCAAUCCCACUCUCCGUCUAUAACACGUCUAAUCCUGACAAACGGUCAGCGCUUUAGUUGGCUGUCAUUGUACAAAAUCCAGUGGCUAACAUUAUAUUUAAGUUAUUUAUUAUGAUUGCGAGUGACUAUUUACACUACUGAAGUUUUAUAUUGAAACAGUAAUGUAGAUAUAGCGAAAGUUAUCGACACGACAAUGCAAAAUUUGUAACUAUUGUUUCUUUGUAACUUCUCGUUCAGAUUUUGUUGUAAAAAUUUUUAAUGCACAAAAUAGGGUAACGUAACUUAUGUAUACAUAUUAGAAAUAAAUAAUAAAAUUAUGACCAA